AUGGCACAAGCCAUGUUCUCUCCAUUUGAGCCACAUUUGGCCAGGCGCUUUCCUUUCGUCCUGGGGAAGGUGUCGCGCUAUUGGCGCCAAGUCACCUAUGGGGUAGCUACGCUGUGGUCGAACGUGGAUGUCACUACAAUUGACGAAGAUCUUGACAGUUUACAGUUCUACCUUGGCAGAUCUAAGGACUCCCCUAUCGAUCUUAAGAUCACCAUUCUACCGACUCUAAGCCCCAUUAGCCCGCUCAUAGGUAUCUUACAACCUCAUUACCGACGUUGCCGUUCCAUCAGAGUCACGUCUCAACUCUUUCACGCAUUCCCCGGACUGGUUUUGAAGCUUCUUGUCUCGAUGUGCCAAGGCCAUUAUGCAAUGCUCCAACACAUCUGUGUAGAGGGCGAGGAUGUGCGUCUGCGUCCAGAACCGUGGGCAAUUGUAGCUGACGCUGUUAACCUGACGAGUGUACGCCUAAGAGGUCUGGGUUUGAAGUAUUGCCGCCCUCCUCUUACGGCUGUAACACAGCUGCAUAUGGCGGCCUCAGAUCACCAGAUUCUCGAGUACACUGACUUCUCCAAAAUGUUACAGUCCUGUCGAUCCUUGGUCACAUUGUGUGUCUACGACGAUUUCAUUCUCAAAUGGCCUACCGAUCCCCACGACACCUAUGACAUGCCCUUCCUCCGUUACGUACGCAUCUUCGGAGAUUUUUCAGGAGUUUCACAACUUCUACUUUCUAUAUCUGCCCCAGAUUUGGAGGAACUCACCAUCGCUUCAAUUGUUCUGGGCGACCUCACCAAACUCAGGAGGGAAACUAGAAAUGCUCCUCGAUUUCCGGCGUUGAAAUCAUUCACCCUUGCGCCUCGUGAUGACGACGGUAUGCUCUUGACGACUGUAGCCGACGCCAAUGCUUGCUUCCCAGGGAUCAAGUUACUUAUCCUUCCCGAUUAUGAUGGACUUUCUUUUGCAAAGUCUUUCAUUACGACAGACUCUUGGCUAUUUUGGCCUGAGCUCAAUGGUCUCGCUGUCCGUGACAUUGAUGACCAAGAUUUGUUAUAUGAGUUUGUCCAGUACCGCCAACGAUUAGGUGUGCCCUUACGCUCGCUGUACCUGGAUUCGGGGUCAAUGUCAAGACUGACUCGAAUGGAGUGGCUAAAGGAUCAAUUGUCGGUGGUGGAGGCAGAUCCAUGGCAGAUGCAAUGUGAGGAUGCACCGUUUUUAUACACAUGA